CUGAAAGUUGAACAUAACGUGGCGGUUAUACAAAAAUGGGUUCCGAGGGAUUUCUUGGACUUGGUUUAAAUGAAGAAGAUGAGAAACUGCUAAAGCAGUUAUUGGAGUGUGAUUGCGGAAUGAAAACAAUACUAGCCUUUGUUAGUUCAAGAUUGUUUAGGCCACUGACUUCUUGGGAAAUCAAAAUACUUCGCAAUCAAGUUUUCCCUGGUUCCAAGAAACUUUCGGACAUACUAGAUGAAAUACGUAAAGAUUCUAUUGUGUUCGUGGAGCAGUGUGACGGUGAGAUUACUCAAGUCUCUUUGUCACACUAUGAGCAGAUCGAGUUAUAUAAGAGGUUCCCAGAAGUUCUUAGUUUCAGUGUCACCUACAACGCUUGUCUCGUUGGAUUUACUAUUUUCCAGGUAGCUGUAACAGAUGGUCUUCUAUGUACAAGACCCAUCAUGUUUUCAUUACAUUCCACAGAACAAACAGAAGAUCUGUGCGUUUUGCUAAAGCAUUUCCGUGAAAUUUUUAAGGAUGUUAGCUCAACCCUAACAGUAGCUGUAGAUUGCCCAGUUUCUAAACCGGAGUUGGUGCAGGAAUUCUUUCCAACUUCAAGAAUUGUUUUGAGUUCGUCAUACGUUAGAAAGGUCUUUAAGAGAAAGUUUAAAAGUCCCGUUGCAAAUAAAAUUUUUGCUGGGUUGACAUCCACGUUAUGUCCAAACAAAUUUAAAUCUGAUGUACAAAAUAUGAAGAAGUUAGAUUCGAAGGUUUAUGAUUACGUUAUUCAACAUUGGAUCCCUAUAAAAGAAAUGUGGGUGCCAGCGUUCUUACAGAAUGUUGUUACAUUAGGUACGAAAGUCAAUGGUGUAGUAAAAUGCGUUCAUCCGCGUAUACGAGAAGCACUUAAAGAAAAUAACUCUCUGAAAGAUUGCUUGAUGGCUUUACAUAAGGAAGUUAAAAAAUACUGUAACCUCUUAGAAAGUGAGACUUCUUUUCGCCUUCUCAAACACAAAAGGUUCAAUGUGGACGAAGAGUUACAUGAAUUUCUCAAUCAACUCACAGAUUAUGCUUCUGAUAAAACCUACAACGACAUCGUACGCGAAAGUGACAUCACCAUUGAACAAGUUGAGGACGAUUGCGUAUUUUGUUCAGAUGAUGGGAAUUCUUACAGAGUGGAUAGAAAUAAUGGCGUGUGUUCUUGUUCACUAAAUUCAGUUGAGUUGCUACCAUGCAGACAUCUCAUGAAAGUCCACUUUUCUAUCGGUUUGCAUACAGGUACACCUUGUAGAUACCCGCGGUGGCUUAGAUCUCAUAAUCUUCAACCACUAUCAACUGCUCCGACGAGGGAUAAGCGAAUUGACGUCAAUAGUGCUAUGGCAAUGGUCAUUAGAAAAUUAAAGAUGUUACAAGACCAGUGUUCACCGACUGUCGUUUUCGAAACUGUCAAUCGAAUAAAUGCCAUCAUCGAGAAAUCGACCACGGAAAACUUAUGUAUAUCUCCCACCUUAUCAGAUUCCUUUUAAAUUAAAUACUAUCUAUUUGUAACAUUUGGACGGCGCUUGAGUCAGUCAUUUGACCGAGUAAUAUUCAUUUCUCGUUCAUCUAAAAAUAUAUUUUUUUGCUGUAUAAAUGAUAACUGCCCUUAAACUCACUAGUUUGCAAUUUACUAUGUAUUUGUUAAAUAUUUGAUCCACAAAAUGUACAGUAUUGAAGAUAAAAUUUUUGUUCAACUGAUACAUCACAUCAGGUAACGAUCUACUCAAGACGAGUUUUUCUACCAUAUAAAGGAAAAAGAAAUAGUUCGAACAGUCCAACAACCAGAAUUACGGUGUAAUAUUCAAAAUGUUUCUGCGGAAUAUUUUUCAUCACUUGUCAGACUUAUGUUGUGGAGAAACUUGAAUUAACACGGACUCCCCCACUUGUUACUUUUGAUAGCUCUUUCUAUUUGAAGUUUGCAAUAGCAGUUUUUUGGAGAUUUCUCACGGAAAAAGUCAAUUGAUACUUUUAAAUCGGUUUUAAACUUGAAAUUUUAUGCAUUUACUGUACUAUUUUUUAUUAUAAAAAAGUUGAUUUUAUAUUAUUUCUCAACCACUACUAUUCGUCCUGUUCUAGUAGUCUUAAAAAACACUAAUUUUUACAAAUUUUAGUAGUAGUAGACUCUCAAACCAUAAAUAAUGCGUGAGAACAGAUUAAUUUACUUUUUGAUCUGUGGUUGACAGUCUACUUUCCAAGAAUCCUAAUAGAUUCAAUUAAACAGGUACGUUUUCAUUUUUAAGCCGUACCUAACAGAUAUUUAGUUUGGAAUAAGCAUGCAUGUUUAAAAUGGUUUAUCGUUUCAGAUUGUUAUCACAGUUAACCUUGAUAUUAACUUCCAGUAAUGUUUAGUAGGUCUAAUUAUUAAAUAAAUGAUUUAGUUUGGAUGUUACAUACAUUCAGCAAUAGCACUCUAAGCCCAUAAUUUUAACUUCUGCAAAACGCGUC